UUUUCCUAUGCUUACUUUCCAUAUCCCACACCAAGUAUUUUUCAGCUUGAGUCAGAAGUGAGCCACUUUUAUUCUUUUUUUCAAUACCUUUUUGACUUCUGUAUUAUGUGGUCUCGCACCGUGUUACUGGUGAGCAGUUGCUAUGGACCAUCCUUGCCUCCCCUCCCCUUCAGUCCCGUCUAACCAGUUCUGUGGCUGUUGUGAGAGGCUUGCCGGGGUAGGGCCCAUGGACGCAGCAGACAAAUUCUUGAGCGUUUGGUCAUCAUCACAGCAGGAUUCCAGACAUCCUAAUUAGCGGCACUGUUUUCCAAAGGAAAUCAAGCUAUUAUUCCUGAGUUAAUUACAAACUUCUGCAAAAAAUGACCUCUAUGGCCAUAACACUGGUGCUAUGUGUCUCGCUUGCUGUAAACGAUGCAGAAGUUGCCAUUACCCCUGAAAUCUUCCCCUCAGUAGUAAUAGGGAUAUUGACAAGUACAACAGUGAUACUAAAACAGCCACGGUGCUACUUUGAUAAGUUGGAAGGCCUCCCCUGCUUUUUACACCAGUGUGAGAUCUGGCUGGUGGUCGCCAGAGGUCAUGGUGUUAAGAGGUUCGACAGCGAGAAGACCAGCGCCGACAUUCUAUCCAGGUCACCUUAUCCAGACGCCUUCCAGGACAACAUGUCCCCUAACUACUUCAUCACCAGAGUGGGAGUGCAGAGCAGCUUUCCGUGCGGAGAGCUGCCGGGGAUCAGGUACUUCCAAGUGGGAUCCGAGGGGAUGUGCGACACGGCCAACUGCAACGGGGCCCUGCCCGCAGGGGAAACCAUCAGAGUGAAGUAUAUCUUGGUGGAUCCAACUAGUGAAAGAAUAGAGUCUGAGACACGCUGGUCCCAACCCAUCACUCUUCUAACAACCAGGGCCAUCUCCUCCAUCGACGAGUCCACGUGGAAGCGCUCUGCCGCCAUGGUCGUUGUCACCGUCGUCCCCUCCUGCACGCUGGCCGUGCUGCUGCUGCUGCUGGCGGUUGCGCUUGUACAAGACUGCUUCUUUCAAGAACAGACUGAGAUCACAGAACCUCCCUCCCUUGGCCAUGGGAUUAGAAGAUACAACACACACAAUGUUUAUAAUUCAGAAUACUACAGCAAUGUACAGAUAUGAUCUUCACUGAGGAUUCUCCCAUGGAGAAUGGGUCUUACAGAAUUAGAAUGAUCAAUGUAUGAUUGGACAUCAGACAGUGGUAAUUGAUUUAUUUAAUUAAGUUAUGAUCAAAGAACUGUAUUUUCUCUUAGCUAGGCCAUCACAUUAUUGUAUAUUGUAUUCUUUUUCUUUUUCUUAGAAUUUUCUU